AUGUUGAAAAGUACUUCAAAGAUUGAUAGAACAAAGCGAGAACAAAGCAGGAUAUUGUUAGAAAAAAAACUAUCCAAAGACUCGGUGACGUCCACCAAAUUUUGUGAUUCUUCUGAAGAUAGAGAAGGAGGAUCAAACACCAGCAGCAACGUCAGCUUGAAUAUAUCUGAAAAGACAAAUAUUCCAAGAACGUUAGAUGCUAAUAACACAGAUUCGUUUAUAUGUGACCAAAAGGCACAGUCCAAAGGGGGUUCUAGUAAGGUAAAUAAGAAGAAUCAACGAAAUAAGUUGAACAAAGUGAACGUAUUAGAUAAAGCAAACGACACGAAGGCACACAGUGGCACAUCAGCAGGAAAAUAUAAAAGAGGAAGCAUACGUUUAGAUGAAAAUAAAAUUUCAAGCAAGAGCGAGAGUGUCAUAGUUGAAAGUUCCCCAAUCAAUAAUCAGGACUACAAUAUUAAGAAAAAAUUACAAAGAAAGGGCGUAGGUAUCUUAAAUAUCGAAGAAAAUAUCCCACAAAACUUAAACAGGGGUGAAAAUAUAGACGCUGAUAAUUCUUCUAAAAGUUUGUCUCGCACAAUUUCCUUUAAGGAUAAUUUAACGAGCACAGAGAAUAAAAUAUAUACUAGUAUUAACGAAGGUCCUACGUAUCUUUAUCCACCUAGCAAAGUUGAUUUUUAUGCACAUAAACUCGAUUAUUAUAACGCGCCUCAAAAUUCAUAUCCUUACACAAACACUAGUUUAACUUUCAGAGAAGGGAAUAGCAUUAGCCCAUAUAAUGAUAUCCAUGUGGAUGCAAAUAAGAGUAGCGAUUUGAAAUUACUUACCACUAACAAUUUGAGCCCGAAUAUUGGUAACAGCGUGGAAAACAAGGGGAAUAAUUUUUACUCCUUUCAAAGGAAAAACUUGUAUGCGUAUUCAAGUAACAAUAUCGGAACUUGUCAAAGUGGUAAUAUCGGAAAUUAUCGAAGUAACAAUUUGUGGACUUACGGUAGUGACAAUUUCGGAGGGUAUCCUAGGGGUAAUUGGGGUCUGAACGGAAAUAACUUAAAUUCAUAUGAACAAAAAAAACUAGGUUUCAGUGAAGCAUUGAACUUAAACCUGAACUUGAACACGUCUCCUACCCCUACUUAUCCUUAUCCUUUUGUAUAUCCGAAGAACAUUGAAGAAUACAGUGCUGAGUGCGCACAAGAAUACAAUAAAUCACUAGAUGAAAGGUAUUAUACCCAUACUAAUUUAGCAAAUGAAAUGGACUUUACAAAUAUGUACACAAGUCAUACUCCUAUAGGUAGUAACGAUAGUGGUAAAAUGACCACGUCGUUGAAUUAUGUGAAUAAGGAGAAUGUUUAUUUGUCUGAUAAUGUACCUUAUUAUGCAAAUAAUGCUAGCGUAGAUGCAUCUCUUAGAGGAGGGGUUCAUUUUGAUCAACUAGUAAACAGAAAGAACGUGUAUGAUAAUGUUUUAAUUGAUUCUGCUAAUGAGCACAACAUAGGAGGAAACAAUAUAAGUGUAUACACAGAUGGUAAUGCAAAUAACAAUACAAAUAGCAAUAUAAAUAGCAAUAUAAAUAGCAAUACAAAUAACAAUACAAAUUUCCUCCCGAAUAGUGGAGAUGUUAUGAGAGCCAAAACGGCAGAAUUUUCAAACUACACAGAUUUUACAUUCAAGAAUAGUAGUGGUGUAGACGGAGAAGUAAUGAUGAAUAGUAACAAUAUAAUGAAACCAAAUGAGAUAAAAAAUAAUGAGAAAAUACAAAAUGAUGUAUCUGUUUGUGAACAAGUUACAUCACACACAGAUUACUCUCGGGCUACACACAGUUCACAUGUCAUAGAUAAACGAAUAGUUCAUGAAGGAUUUGACACGAUUAAAAUUCCAAAAUAUAGAGAAGUAGAAAUUGUGGAAAAGAUAGUAGAAGUUCCAGUUGUGCAUAAAGUGAAUAAAUAUAUAAAUAAAUAUGAAAUUAAAGAAGUUGAAAAGGUUGUUAAGAAACCAAUUAAUAAAUAUGUGGAAACGAAAAUCGAAGUACCUGAAUUGCAUUUUCAAGAUAAAAUUAUAGAAGUACCUGAAUUACAAGAAGUUGUAAAAAUUGUAGAAAAGCCAGAAAUAAAAGAGAGAAUUAUAUAUAAAAAUAAAAUUGAGACAAAAAUUAUCCCUAAAUAUAUUGAAAUUCCUGUAGUAAAAGUAGUAAACAGAUAUGAAAGUUAUGAUGACAUAGGAGAAGUAAUAAAAACUGUACCUGUAAAAAAAAUUGUAGAAAUCCCAAAUGAAGUAAUUAGAAAAGUUAAAGUACCUAUUAAAAAAAUUGUUGAAGAGCCUAAUUAUGUCCCUAUUAUAAAAUAUCGUGAUGUUCCAAUAGAAAAAAUAAGAUAUGUGCCUAAAAUUCAAACAGUAGAAUUAGUUAAAACUAUACCUAAAAUUAUUGAUAUACCUGUUCCGGUAAAAAUUCCAAAAAUAAAAGUUAUAGACAAGCCUUAUUAUAUAAAUAAAUAUAUCGAUCAUCCUGUCGUUGUACCUGUUUCAAAAACAGUGAAACCUAUAUAUAAAUAUGGGGGUAAAAAGGUAGUAGAAAUACCUAUUCAUAAGCCCUAUAUUGUUACGCACAAUACGGUUGUGCCUAAGAGUGUAGAUAGCAGCACGAACAAUGGCAGAUGCUCAGUUUAUGCUAAGAAGUUGGAUUUAAAUUCUUUCGAUCCGAUAAAAAGAAAUGAAUUAUUCAAUUUGGUGAACAGAAAUAACUUUAACUUGGAGAGGUCUAUGAGCGUGGAUAACCACAUUUAUGGGCGUCGCAUGGGUUCUGAGGGCGGUCUUGGAAGUGGGUUCGGAAGUGGGUUCGGAAGUGGGAUUGGAAGUGGGAUUGGAAGUGAGUUCAGAAGUGGGUUCGGAAGUGGGUUCGGAAGUGGGAUCGGAAGUGGGAUCGGAAGUGGGAUCGGAAGUGGUACCCCAAAUCGGACCGGAAAUGCUACCCCUCCAAACGGCCUGAGUUUUUCGAAAAGCUUAAAUAGCAGUGUGGAUAAAAACACUUCUAACUUUGAUGUAAUGCCAAAAAGGGAUGAUUUUUAUUCAAACGAUAUUCUGAUGAAUGUGAAUAUGUUUAAUUCGAAUGGAAAGGUUGAUUAUGGAGGUAUGAACACGAAAACAUGGUUGGAUAAUACCAGAAAUUCGGCUAGUGCAUCUAACAAUUAUGGACAACUGAAUAACAAUUUUACAACGCCUAAUUCGACGUAUAAUUCAAAUUAUAACAAUGAAAGAAAUGAUGGAACCAUUUUACCCUUUUUAAGGAAUUUUCCAAACAGCGCCCAUUUUAAUAGUAAUAAUGAUAAUAUACAUAGCGAUGGAGCAAAUAGAUCAAAUUGUGUUCAUCCGUUUUCUAGUAGCAAUCCUGUGUGCGAAAAGAAGGAACUUACUGAUUGGAAUACAAAUGAUCAUGUAAAUAAUACGACCAAUACAUUUAAGGAUGGUGAAUGCUUAAGGCGUUACGAUUCCUGUGUCCGAACAAAUGCUUUACAGUGUGGUGGGAAAAUAAGCAACGUGAAGAGCCUAAGCAAUAUGAACAGCCUAAGCAACAUGAACAGCCUAAGCAACAUGAACAGUAUAAGCAACAUGAACAGUAUAAGCAACAUGAACAGUAUAAGCAACAUGAACAGCAUAAAAAAUAUGAACAGUAUAAAAAAUAUGAACAGCAUGAGCAAUAUGAACACGAUGAGCAGCGUGAACAAUGGGCAGGAAGGAAACAAUGCAACAUGUGCAUUGCGAUCUAGGAGCCCUAGUGCAUGUUCAGCCGAUGGAAUUAGUGCUUAUGUUGUUGAGUAUGUAGAUGAUGAAGACAAAAAUUUUCGUGAAGGUGGGUUUUCCAAUGGGUUAAGCAAUCAAUUGGCAGAUGACAUAGGUAGUAAUUAUUCUUUCAAUGGAACAGUGUUUAAUUCGAAGAAUGAAUAA